AAAAAAAAAAAAAGCUUCUCUAUCUUGUUCGUCAAUCGUGACUGCUCUUCGCCAUCCAAUCACAUUCCAAACUCACAAUAUCGUAAUUUUAGUACUUCAAUCUUUGAAUCUCCCAACACUCAAACAAGAAUGGUUUUCUUCUAAAAAUGCCCAAAGACCGGUCAAGAUAUUAUUAAUAGAAUUUUCCUUUCGAUAUAUAAAUUCAAGGGCAACCCCUUUUCUUUCUCCUCCGGAAACAGUCUGACUCCCUACAAUUACUUGAACACCUAACUCGUUCAAUCAGAAUUCCAUAAUCAUGAAGAAAGCUAGCUUGGGCCUCAAUCUCAAGCUCAAUGUUCCGCAAUCUGAGCAGGUUUCCUUCGCCAAGUUUCUGACUGAAAGCGGGACGUUUAAGGAUGGGGAUCUGCUCGUCAAUCGGGAUGGAGUUCGGAUUGUGACUGAGAGUGAAGUCGAAGCUGCACCUCCCAUCAGACCAAUAGACGACCAGUUAAGUUUGGCAGACAUCGACAUAAUCAAAGUGGUUGGCAAAGGAAAUGGUGGGGUAGUGCAACUGGUGCAACACAAAUGGACUAAUCAGUUUUUUGCACUAAAGGUUAUCCAAAUGAAUAUUGAGGAAUCCAUGCGAAGGCAGAUAGCACAAGAACUUAAAAUCAAUCAGUCAGCUCAAUGUCCGUAUGUUGUUAUUUGCUAUCAGUCAUUCUAUGAAAACGGUGUCAUAUCAAUCAUCUUAGAGUACAUGGAUGGAGGUUCUUUAGCAGAUCUUCUGAAGAAAGUUAAAAUGAUUCCGGAAAAAUAUCUUGCUGCUAUCUGUAAGCAGGUGCUUGAGGGUUUGAUAUAUCUUCACCAUGAAAAACAUAUUAUCCACAGGGACUUAAAACCUUCUAAUCUGUUAAUAAACCACCGAGGGGAGGUAAAGAUCACCGACUUCGGCGUGAGUGUAAUAAUGCAAACUACAUCUGGUCAAGCAAAUACUUUCAUCGGCACAUACAACUAUAUGUCUCCAGAGAGAAUCAAUGGAAGCCAGAAUGGAUACAACUACAAAAGUGACAUAUGGAGUUUGGGACUGUUAUUGCUCGAGUGUGCUACUGGGAGGUUUCCAUAUACACCACCAGAUCAAGGUGAAAGAUGGGAAAGUAUUUUUGAGCUAAUUGAAACAGUUGUUGAUAAACCUCCUCCCUCUGCUCCAACUGAUCAAUUUUCUCCAGAAUUCUGCUCGUUUGUCUCAGCAUGUUUACAGAAAGACCCAAAAAAUAGACCGUCAGCUCAGGAUCUUAUGGGACAUCCUUUUGUCAACAUAUACGGGGACUCGGAUGUAGAUCUUUCAGCUUAUUUCAAGAAUGCAGGAUCCCCACUUGCAACUGUACCUACUUCUACUUGAUCGUAGAGAUUAUGAAGGACUUUUUUUUCGUUAUCAAGUGAAUUCAACGAUAGGCUUCUAUUAUGAGACUUGCUAGUGCCAUGAUCCACGAGACAGCAAUGAUUAAAAUUUCAUUAAAAAUAUUAGUGCUGAAGAUGAUCAACGGACACUUGCUGCGAAUAGUUUGAAUUUUUAUGAUGGCAACUUAAGAUACGUCACUGGUGUUGAGAUUAAAGUUGUCAGGUUGUUGCAAAGGCACGUAUAAAUUUAUGCCAAAGGUUUUGAAUUCUGUAGUUGUUUGCAAAUUCCCUUCUCCCCUGAUGCUCUGUCAAGUUCACUUCAUUAUGAAUAAUUUUGUUAUGGCUUGUCAAAUUGCCUGAUUCA